GUUGAAGCAGGAGCAAAGGUUAAUCUGGCUGCUGAGUGUGGAGAUGUUCCUCUGGGGAUUGGAAUUAGGAUGGGACAUGUCCAGACUGUUGAAAAGCUACUGAAAGCAAAGGCCAACAUAAACUACACGAACAAGCAUGGCCACAGCCCACUGUUUGAAGCUACCUUGGAAGGAAAUAAAGAUAUGGUGGACCGACUGGUUGAUGCAGGAGCUGACACUAAUGUGGCCACCACUAAGCGUGGCUAUGUUCCUCUGGGGUUGGCUGCUCAAAAUGGACAUGCAGCAAUCGUUCAGACUCUAUUAAGGGCAAAGGCAAUUAAUAUCAAUCACCAGACUAAGAACGGUAGGUUGACGCCCCUCUUCCUGGCCUCAAAAGAUGGUCAUGUAGAUGUAGUGAGACUACUGAUACAGAAGAAAUGUGACGUGAACAUCUGCAGCAAGGGUGGUAUUAGCCCCCUGGCUAUAGCCAGCAAGAAUGGCCACACAGAUAUAGUGGACCUACUGGUUAAAGCAGGAGCAAAGGUUAAUCUGACUGCUGAGUCUGGAGAUGUUCCUCUGGGGAUUGCAGCUGAGAUGGGACACAUCUCAGUAGUUGAGAGGCUGCUACAAGCAAAAGCUGAUGUAAACGACCAGAACAAGGUAUAGUGUAGUGACAAGACCAUCGCUGGUAACACUCCUGUCUACUUGGCUUCAAUAAAGGAUGGUAUUAGCCCAGUGUAUGUGGCUAGCUGGACUGGCAGAAUAGGUAUAGUGGAUCUGCUGGUCAAUGCAGGAGCUGACAUCCACCUGGCUGCUACCGACUCAUGUGGAGAUGUUCCUCUGGGGAUUGCAAUUCAAAUGGGGCACAUCCAGACUGUUGAAAGGCUGCUACAAGCAAAAGCUGAUGUAAAAUACCAGAACAAGGCUGGUAACACUCCUGUCUACUUGGCUUCUAUAAAAGGUCAUGCAGCAAUAGUGAGACUACUGAUAAGGAUAAAAGCUGAUGUUAACAUCUGUAAUAAGGAUGGUAUUAGCCCAGUGUAUGCAGCUAGCCGGAGUGGCAGAACAGGUAUAGUGGAUCUGCUGGUCAAUGCAGGAGCUGACAUCCACCUGGCUGCUGCCGACUCAUGUGGAGAUGUUCCUCUGGGGAUUGCAAUCAGGAUGGGACAUAUCCAGACUGUUGAAAGGCUACUGAAAGCAAAUGCCAACGUAAACUACACGAACAAGCAUGGCCACAGCCUACUGUUUGAAGCUACCUCGGAAGGAAAUAAAGAUAUGGUGGACCGACUGGUUGAUACAGGAGCUGACACUAAUGUGGCCACCACUAAGAGUGGCUAUGUUCCUCUGGGGAUGGCUGCUCAAAAUGGACAUGUAGCAAUCGUUCAAAGUCUAUUAAGGGCAAAGGUAAUUAAUAUCAAUCACCGGACUAAGAACGGUAGGUUGACGCCCCUCUUCCUGGCCUCAAAAGGUGGUCAUGUAGAUGUAGUGAGACUACUGACACAGAAGAAAUGUGAUGUGAACAUCUGCAGCAAGGGUGAUAUUAGCCCCCUGGCUAUAGCCAGAAACAAUGGCCACAUCGAUAUAGUGGACCUACUGGUUGAAGCGGGAGCAAAGGUUAAUCUGACUGCUGAGUCUGGAGAUGUUCCUCUGGGGAUUGCAGCUGAGAUGGGACACAUCUCAGUAGUUGAGAGGCUGCUACAAGCAAAAGCUAAUGUAAACACCCUGAACAAGGAUGGUAUUAGCCCAGUGUAUGCAGCCAGCCGGAGUGGCAGAACAAGUAUAGUGGAUCUGCUGGUCAAUGCAGGAGCUGACAUCCACCUGGCUGCUGCCGACUCAUGUGCAGAUGUUCCUCUUGGGAUUGCAAUUCGAAUGGGGCACAUCAAGACUGUUGAAAGGCUGCUAAAAGCAAAUGCUGAUGUAAACUACCAGAACGAGGCUGGUAACACUCCUAUUUACUUGGCUUCUAUAAAAGGUCAUGCAGCAAUAGUGAGACUACUGAUAAGGAUAAAAGCUGAUGUUAACAUCUGUAAUAAGGAUGGUAUUAGCCCAGUGUAUGUGGCUAGCUGGACUGGCGGAACCGGUAUAGUGGAUCUGCUGGUCAAUGCAGGAGCUGACAUCCACCUGCCUGCUGCCGACUCAUGUGGAGAUGUUCCUCUGGGGAUUGCAAUUAGGAUGGGACAUGUUCAGACUGUUGAAAGGCUACUGAAAGCAAAUGCCAACGUAAACUACAUGAACAAGUGUGGCACCGUUCCUCUGGAGACAGCUGCUAAGAUUGGGCGUGCUAAUAUUGUCCAGGGACUGUUGAAAGCAGGGGCAAAUGUUAACCAUCAGAACAAGGCUGGAUGCACAGCUCUGUACCGCGCAGUAGCAAAUGGCCACACAGAGGUAGUGGAACGUUUACUAUCAGCUGGGGCCAAGGAUCUACGAAACAAAGCUCUACAAACAGCUUUGAGCCUGGCUAGAGCUGGAAAUCACUGCGAAAUGAUACGUAUGCUGCAAUACCACAAGUGA